AUGGAGAUUAUUGACCGUCAAAACAGACUCUUUUUGAACGAGUCUUACUCCGAUCUUACCAUUCUAUGUGGUGGCAGCCAGUACAAGGUGCACAGAGCGCUCGUGUGCACUCGCUCCAGCUUUUUCGAGGCAGCGUGCCGCAAUAAUUUCAAGGUGACCUCUUCCUCCAUGCUAAUAUUUUCAGAAGCUGAGACGGGCGAAAUCUCCCUUCCCGAUGACGACCCGGUCGCAGUGAAGAUGAUGAUCCGAUACUUUUAUUUUCUGGACUACUUUCCUCCAGAAACAAAGGCAGCAAGCCAUAAACCUCCCGUAUACCUCAACCAGGGGGGGCACGGCCAAGGGGGCCUUUUUGGUGCGGCGACUCCCGUUUCCGCCGCACAGGGUGCAACGGUUCCAACGAUAUUUAGCACCGACAAGAAGAAGACCAAGGCUGAGAAUACAAUUCUCGGCAACAUGGCAACAUCCUCCCAUCUCGUCUUGCAUGCUCAAGUCUACGCCCUGGGAGAGAAAUACGACAUCUCCGGCUUGAAGGCACUAGCAGCGGCAAAAUUUAAGAGCGAAGUGGACCUAUAUUGGCACUCUGAGGAUUUCAUGCUGGCUCUGAAGGAGGUUUAUAACUCCACGGUCGAUCACGAUCGCUUGCUUCGAGACAUCGUCGUUCAGGCGGUCAGCGGGCAUUUGCAGUUGUUGGAAAGCAAGGCUUUUCAAGACGCCAUCAAGGGACUUGAUUUCUCUUAUGAUCUCCUCAUCAAGCUGAAGACGGGAGGACGAAUUUGA